UAUUUCCGUGACAAAUCUUCUAUUCAAGCUAAGAACUAAAAUUUUUGCUUUCAUUUUUAAGCCUCUUCUCUUCCUUAACAAUAAUUUGUGAUCACUAAUUUUUUUCAUAAUAUUUUGAUACCCUUUUCUCUAAAAUUUAACCUUUUUUUUUCAUAGUUCAAUUGGGUUGGAUUUGAAUUUAAUUUUCUUGAGAAAAUUAUGAAGGAAAGUGUGGGAAACCCUUUGCACCUAAAGUCAGUGAAUCAUAUAUCACUCAUAUGCAGAUCAGUUGAAGAGUCAAUAGAUUUCUACCAGAAUGUUCUUGGUUUCUUCCCAAUAAGAAGGCCUGGUUCUUUUGAUUUUGAUGGGGCAUGGCUAUUUGGCUAUGGUAUUGGUAUUCAUUUGCUAGAAGCAGAGAACCCAGAGACGUUACCAAGGAAGAAGGAAAUUAAUCCAAAGGAUAAUCACAUAUCUUUCCAGUGUGAGAGCAUGGGAGCAGUUGAGAAAAAGCUGAAAGAAAUGGAAAUCAAUUAUGUUCGAGCAAGAGUAGAGGAAGGUGGGAUUGAAGUAGAUCAGCUAUUUUUCCAUGACCCAGAUGGUUUCAUGAUUGAGAUAUGCAAUUGUGAUAGUCUUCCUGUGAUUCCAUUAGUUGGUGAAGUAGCAAGAUCAUGCUCACGUUUGAAUCUUCACAUAAUGCAGAAUCAGAAUCAGAAUCAGCAGAAUCAGAUACAUAAGAUUGUUAAGUGAUUAUUGUGAUGUGACCAAGCAUCUUUGUGGGGAAAAUGUAUCAUGUAUGAUGAGUCAUGAAAUUGUACUUCUUUUUUCUUUUGUUGUUGCUUUCUAGUUGUCAAUUUAUGAUGUUGUUCCUUAUAUGUUAAAUAUUAAUAAAGUAAUAAAUUAUUGGCAAAAUGUUCCUACUCGAAA